UCCGAGAGUUCUGCUCGUUGUGUUAUCGCGAGACGUCGUCCUUCCUUUUCCCUUUUCGCCCGAGUCCAAGAUGGGAGUCGACAUCAGACACAACAAGGAUCGUAAGGUGCACAGGAAGGAGCCAAAGAGCCAGGACAUCUACCUGAGGCUCCUGGUUAAGUUGUACAGGUUCCUUGCUCGCCGCUCCAAUGCUUCCUUCAAUAAGGUGGUCCUGAAGAGGCUGUUUAUGAGCAGGUCCAACAGGCCUCCCAUCUCCAUCGCCCGUCUGAUCCGUAAGAUGAGGAUGGCCGGCCGCGAGAACAAAAUUGCUGUAGUUGUGGGAACGGUCACUGAUGAUGUCAGGAUUCAGGACAUCCCCAAGCUCAAGAUCUGUGCUCUCAGGAUAACCGAUGGCGCCCGCCGCAGGAUCCUUAAAGCAGGUGGUCAGGUGAUGACGUUUGACCAGCUGGCUUUGGCUUCUCCCAAAGGUCACGGCACAGUGCUGCUGUCAGGACCCCGCAAAGGCAGAGAGGUGUACAGGCACUUUGGAAAAGCCCCUGGAACCCCUCACAGCCACACCAAGCCCUACGUCCGCUCCAAGGGCAGGAAGUUUGAGAAAGCCCGUGGUCGCAGGUCCAGCCGUGGUUACAAGAACUAGUCUGAAAAGUUUUUCCUGCGUUCUGACGAAUAAAGGAUUAAUUGUACAAAAAACA